CCAAAUACAACUGAACUGGUGAAUUUGUUUGCACUUUGCCUACGAAACGUACACGUUCGACCCGAUUUUAUCCUGUCAUUUGUUAUGUUUAACUCAAAGUGUGUGUACUGCGAAACGACCAAACGCCAAUUAUAUUCGAUUUCCAUUGUCUCUUCCGUCGCUGAUUGUCGUUGCCCUUUCUGACAAACGCACCGUUCGUUUAUCAUCUCCACUUGUUUUCAACACACGUGAUCACCACCAUGGAAUGGGAUGCUGAUAAUUUCGAACCACCCAAACCCGUCAUACCCGUGGAAAUAGUUGGUGGCGCCAAACUCAAUAAAUGGGAAGGCGAAGACGAAGAAGAAAACAUAAAGGACAGUUGGGAUGCUGAAGAUGUGGAACCUAAAAAGACAGAAACUAAAGUACCAGAAAAGAAAACCAAAUCAAAACUAGAACAAAAAAUAGCUGAGCGUGAGCGCAGGCAAAAAAUUGAAAAUGACAAAAUACGGCGGAAGUUCUUGGAAGCUGAAGAGAACUCAAACAUGACACCAGAAGAAAAAAAAUUACUUCAACAAAAGCUGCAAGAAGAAGCAGACUUGGAAGUAGCCAAAGAAAUGUUGGGUGUCGAUGAGGGAGAUGAAGACUCUAUUGAUAGAAUGCAACCUAAAUCCAAGGAAGAUUUUGCAUUAUUCGAGCAAGCUCUUCAAAAAAAAAUCCAAAGUGUUUCCAAGUCCGAACACUACUCUGAAUUCAUUGAAGAACUCAUUAGGAAUUUGUCAGUUAGUCUGUCAAUGAACGACUUAAGGAAAGUAAAAGCAACUGUAGAUAAUAUGAGUAUAGAAAAAAUGAAAGCAGAAAAAGGGGACAAGAGUAAAAAGAAUAAAGGAAAAGCAAAAGCAAAGCUUCGUCUUGAUAACAGUAGCAUACAAAAUUAUGACGAAUUUUCGGCUUAUACUGUGGAUGAUGAUUUUGAUGAAUUCAUGUAGCAGAUUCGUCUUAAAAAAAAUUGUGCAAAUUAUAUAUACAUAUAUAUAAAUACAUUAAAUAUAUAUAUUUUAUAACUAA